CCAACAUUUUCUGUCAUUAUUUUCAUAACUGUGCGACUUCUGAAUGAUUAAGUAGUUUAUUUACAACUAUCGAACCUAGAAAAAACCAUUGAUCAGGAAAAGAAAUGUUUCAAGAUGGAAGAUUGAUACUAGCUCUGUUUAUAUCUCUGUUUUUGAAGUUUAGCACUUCUAGAGACACCAUCACUCUCUUGCAACCCUUAAAAGAUGGUGAUGUUUUGGUUUCUAAUGAAGAAACCUUUGCACUAGGAUUCUUUAGCCUCGGAAAUUCAAGCAACAGAUAUGUUGGUAUAUGGUAUAACAAGGUUUCUGAGCAAACUGUCGUUUGGGUUGCCAAUAGAGACCGUCCGAUCACUACCUCAUCUGGCAUCCUAUCCGUUGAUGAAUUAGGAAACCUGGUUUUACACGAUGACAAAGAUCCAAAGUAUGUGUUCUGGUCAACAAAUGUUUUAAAUAUUGCAAAUUAUAGUGUUUCGGCCCAGUUGUUGGAUUCUGGGAAUUUGGUAUUGUUUCAAGACCAAAACAGAAACGUUUAUUCAUGGCAGAGCUUUGAUUAUCCUUCAAAUACUUUUCUUCCGGGUAUGAAGCUUGGGUUAGAUAAGAAAACGGGUUUGAACAGAGUAAUCACAUCUUGGAAGUCUAAUGAGAACCCUGGUGUUGGUGACUAUGCAUACAAAAUGAAGUUUGUUGGCUCCACUCAGUUGUACCUGUUCAAAGGAAACACACCGAUAUUCCGAACAGGAUCGUGGACCGGGCAAGGAUGGAGUGGGGUACCCGAGAUGACAGAAAAUUUUAUAUUUAGCGCCACAUAUGUGGACAACAACGAUGAGGUUUACGUUAGUUACUUUAUACGCAAUUCAUCAAUCUUCUCUAGAUUAGUCAUUAACGAGUCUGGAUCUGUGGAAAGGCUAACCUGGCACGAGGGAAAUCAUAGGUGGUUUGGAAUCUGGUCCGCUCCAAAUGAUCAAUGUGAUGGUUAUAAUGAGUGUGGCCCGUUUGGCUUUUGUGAUCUAGAUAAAUCAGAUACUUUUGUGUGUAAUUGUUUCCCUGGUUACGAGCCUCAGUCGCCACAAGAUUGGUAUCUGAGGGAUGGAACCAGAGGGUGUAAGAGAAAGGUAGGGGCUGAGAUAUGCCUCCCCGGAGCUGGAUUUGUGGAGCUGGCACGUAUGAAGAUACCGGACACGUCGAUGGCAUGUGUGGACAUGAGUUUGGGAUUGGAAGCAUGUAAAGAGUCGUGCCAUAAGAAUUGCACGUGCAUGGGGUAUGCAGUGGCUGAUAUAAGUAAAGAGAUUGGAGGAUGUAUUACUUGGUAUAAGAGCAUGAUUGAUACGAGGAGGUUUUCGUAUGGGGGUCAGUCAUUAUACAUAAGGGUGGAUGCAGCUGAAUUAGUCAAGUACUCAUCAAGGAAGCCAAGUAGCUCUCGUGGAAAGUUAUUUUUAUUUGUUGGGGUGUUGUUGAUCGCAGUGGGUUUUGUCUUUUGUAUCUUCAUUUUGAUUUACAUCAAGAAGAAAAAAGCCAAUCGAAGAGCACAUGAAAUUGGAGUUAGUUUUAUAGAUAGUUUAAAAUCCAUCGACGGGUCAUUAGAGAAGGAUAUGGGUGAAAACUUUGAUUUACGUGUAUUUGAUAUGAGCACAAUAGUUUCAGCAACCGAUAACUUCUCACUUUUAAACAAGCUUGGAGAAGGUGGUUUUGGCUCAGUUUAUAAGGGUAGACUGCUAAAUGGACAAGAAGUUGCUAUAAAAAGAUUAUCAAAAGGGUCAGGUCAGGGGACACAAGAAUUCAAGAACGAAGUUACAUUGAUAGCGAAACUUCAACACAAGAAUCUAGUACGACUUCUGGGAUAUUGUUUUCAUACUGAUGAAAAGAUGUUAGUCUAUGAAUACUUACCAAACAAGGGCUUGGAUUAUUUCAUCUUCGAUCAAGAAAAAGGGUCUCUUCUAGAUUGGAAAAAACGAUUCCAAAUCAUUAAAGGAAUUGUUCGUGGCCUGCUAUAUCUUCACCAGGAUUCUAGGCUUAGGAUCAUCCAUAGGGAUUUAAAAGCAAGCAACAUUUUGCUAGAUGCAGAUUUAAAUCCCAAAAUUUCUGAUUUCGGAAUGGCAAAAAUAUUUGGAGGGGAUCAGGCACAAGCUACAACACUUAGAGUUGUUGGAACAUAUGGCUAUAUGUCUCCAGAGUAUGCAAUGGAAGGCCUUUUUUCAGUGAAAUCUGAUGUCUAUAGUUUUGGAAUUUUAGUUCUAGAGAUAAUAAGCGGUAGAAGAAACAACAGCUACUAUUUGGAGAGCUCAGUUAACUUGAUUGGACAUGUUUGGGACUUAUGGAAACAAGAUAGAGCAUUGGAGGUAGUUGAUUCAGCAUUUGGGGAUUCAUUUGAUGCUCAUGAAAUUUUAUUAUGCAUCCAUGUCGGGAUUCUUUGUGUUCAGGAACUAGCAGAUGAUCGGCCAACAAUGACAGACAUAGCAUUUAUGUUGAGUAAUCGUGACAAAAAUCUACCUUCUCCUAAACAACCGGCAUUCAUCUUUAGGAAGGUGAACUAUGGUAAUGAUGGUUUUGGCUCUAUCAAUGAUGAGACCAUCACCAUAGUUCAUGCUCGAUAACUUCAUGAUGCCUUAAAAAGGGAUACUUUUGACACCAAGCUAGUGGGACAAAAAAAAAAUAACACCUAUGCUUUAUCAUUAGUUAUCAACUUAUGCAUGUAAAUUAGGCGAUGUGAACACUAUGAUACCAAAAUAACCAGCCGGGUCAAAAGAAA